AUGCCUUUGAAAACUGUUAGUGACAUGCUAGGUGUAAUCGACGAUCUCAUGAACAAAACCAUCAAUCGUGAAGAAGCUGACGCCAGACUGAAGAAAUUGCCCUUGAGUGAGCAUGAACACAAAACUGCCAAGGCAUUAGGUGGAUUGAUAUUGAAGCUGAUGCCCGUUCCGAUGGAUGAAGAUGCCAAUGAAACUGAGCUGUGUACACGGUUCAUCGAUCCGUUCCUUACUGGUUUGUUUGAUGACCCUGAUCAAGGUGUCUAUUUACGGUGGACCAACGACGCAACUUUUGAAGCCAAGUCAUACGAAGGUUUUACAACUAACCGACCGGAUUUGUGCAUCACGAAGUGCUGUGGUGUAAAAUGGAUGUCAAGCCUCGGAUAUGGUGAGGCUAAACCUGCUGCCCGUGAAAAAGAGCACUAUGUUUUAUGCAAGGACUUGUGGAAAGUAGCUGUUUUUUGCAAAGACGCCUUGGACAACCAGUUGAUGCAAUGGGUGCUCGGUAUUCAAAUCAUCGGCAGAACAAUCCGAUUCUAUCUCCUCAUACUACUAGGCAAACGUUUGUAUGUGAUGCUUGAACUGGCGAUGAUCAAAAUCCCUGACUCACUCCAAAACUUGUCAAGCUUUGUAACUGAACUGCCAAAUGUCCUGAAAGUCCUUGAUGCUUUUCACCGAAUUUGUGUUCCUUCCAAUGAUACUACAAGUACCAGGGACCGCUAUACGCUAACUUUGUCGACUCAAAAGUUCAACCAACUGUUUACCGUUUCUAAAAACCGCAAAAGACCAUGCCAUUUGAAUGUUCGGCAUAAUUGA